GUUUUAUCAGUUUUUGAAAUUGGUUUGAAUUACUAAAAAUUAUUUUCCAAACAUUUUUUCAAGUUUAAAUUAUUAAGUGUGAAAAUGUUUAGGCAAAAAAGUGUCAUCUUGAUAUUCUUCGGAAUUUUCGCCUUCACUACAAUAGAAGCUGUAAAAAAAAAAGGCAAAGAAAUAGCCGAAAGUUCAUACGACCCGAAUAAAAUUUGGCGCAUCUUUACCGCAAAAGAUGUAGAUAAUGAGAAAGAGGUUGAAUAUCGAAUUCAAAACAUACCCGAUACACAAUUUGAUACUGUGGUGGAUUUUAUGAUGAGCCACUAUUUCAAUACCGAACCAAUUUAUAAGGGAAAAGGUAUAAGAGGAGGUGAAGAACAUAUAGAAAGUUGGCUGGAAGAUUUAAGAGCAAAUAUGUCCGUUGCCUGCUAUAAUCAUUUAAAUGAGUUGGUUGGUGUUCUCAUAUUGGUUAUGGAAGAGCAGAAAAAACCAUCAAAAGGAGAAAAAAUAUUAGAAAAAUUCAAAUCAGAAAAAGAAAAAUCAAAAUCAAAAGCAACUCAAGAAACAUCGAAGCAACACGAAUUUUUUAUUGAUGCAUAUAAUGUGUAUAAGGAAUACGAGGUUGACAGAUUCUUGACGGAUGACGGUUUGAUAGUCGCACCUUUAUAUCGCGACAAAGGCAUAGAAAAGGAGCUUCUCGAAGUUAUAAAACCAAUUUGUAUGGCGCAUGGUAUAGAAGUAUACACAGGUAUUUUUACAUCAGAUCCUAUGAAUGAACUGGCCGAUAAACUUGGAUUUAAGAUCAAAAAACAAAUUGGUUUAAAGAAGAAGAAAAUAAACGCCAAGCUUAUGACUAUAAGGUCAAUCAAAUACAAACAUUAAAUAACAUUCGGUGUAACUGACGAUAUUUUCUUAUUCCAAUGUUCACAAACGUUCACAAAUAUCGAAAAAAAAU